AUGGAGACCUUAAAAGCUGACGACGACCCGCUACCUUUUCAUUUUUCACGGAAAGUCGACGACCUUGCCGUCGCUUACUUUGCUAUUGGAGAAUCCGCGACCAUAAACUCAAAGAAUGAAUCUGUUAAUGGAGUAGAAUUAACAAAUAAAACAAGUGAACAAAAUGAUUCCAGUGAAUUGAGAAUUUGCAGUUUUGAUACACCAUGCGGUUGGUAUAUUUACAAAAAAGAUGAAUUAAACGGAUUUGAAAGAACCUUCAGUAGUUUUCUAUUAAACACAUGUAAAUGCAAAGACGAGACGUAUCGUUGCAUAAGGAUUUGGGAAAAACUUUCCGCUCAAGCAUAUGUUUACCACUGUCGUCAAAAUUCAACAAAACUCGAUAAAUUAGCCCCAGAUCACGAUAUAUAUUCUCGAAAUGACGAUCCAUAUGUAUUGUUAGGCUUUACUAUCGCGCCAGUUCAUGGAGUAGAACGUCAAUUUUUUCCGAGAGACAAACGAGACCCAACAUUGAGUUCAAGAUCUUGUGGUAAAACGAUGCCAUGUGGGUGGUUAGUUUAUCGUAUGGCUGGAGGUCAAAAACAAUUAACAAGCUUUUUAUUGGGCAGUUGCAAAUGUGACGACGGAUUACGCUGCGUUCUUGAAAAAGAAAAAAUGUCUACUCCAGCUUAUCUUUACUAUUGUUUAAAUACAACUUCUACGGACCGAUUGGCACCCGAUCAUGAUAUUUUGAAACCAGACGAGGAAUUGUACAGCCUUUACAGCUACGUACCCUGA